CUUCAUAACAACACUCCUUCAAACACAAGAACAACAAACAAGCUUUAAUUGAUCUACAAUGUCCAAGAUCUCAGGACUAACGAUUGUGUUAGUGGCCUUAAUCGCAGUGCUAGUUUCUCCAGUUCGUAGCCAGCAACCGCCGCUUAGCCAAUGUACUCCGUCUAUGAUGACGACCGUAGGUCCUUGUAUGAGCAUUUUAACCAACAGCAGUACUAAUGGAACUUCACCUUCGUCUGAUUGUUGUAACUCAUUGAGGUCUUUAACUACCGGAGGAAUGGGAUGUCUCUGUCUUAUUGUCACCGGAAGCGUUCCUUUUAAUAUUCCGAUUAACCGUACAACCGCCGUCUCUCUUCCACGUGCUUGUAACAUGCCUAGAGUCCCUCUUCAAUGCAAAGCCAAUAUUGCUCCAGCUGCUGCUCCUGGACCUGCUGGUACAUUUGGACCGGCGAUGUCUCCAGGUCCAGCAACAACUCCACUAGUUCCAGAGCCGACUCCGGAAGCUCAGACACCACAGUCCGAUACAACCAAACCUUUUACACCAACCGUGGACGGUGCUGGUCCUACGUCUGACGACGGAGGAAGCACCAGUCGACCUUCUGUCACUCCUUCAUCCGCCCACACUCUCUCACCAUCUCUUCUCUUCUUCGGUGUCAGCCUCCUAGCUCUCAAAUUCUACUGAUGUCAUUGUUCAUUUGCUUCUCUUUGUAUUUUUCAUGUGAUUUGAUUUAUGCUUUGGGUAUAUUUGUUUUGAGAUAUUGUCAUUGUUUUGGGUGAGAUUCUGAAGAAAUACAUCAUUUGCUUGA